AUGCCAAAAUAUAGGUCAGACUCUAUCAAUGACGAUUCAAUAUCAAAACCAAAAACGGCUAAAGAAGAACUUGUCAUUGAUCAACUAUGCAAAAUCAUUUUGACGAUUCAUGCACGUCAGGAAUUUGUAUCAGUUCAACGUGUUGAAAAAGAACUAUUUGAAUAUUUUGAUGUUCAUUCAUUUCGUGAACUAGGUGUUGAUCAACGUAAUCUUACACCAUUGACCAAUCUAAUUCAACGUCAUAAAUCUGUAAUACUUUACAUGCAAAUUUUUGAAAGAGUUUUCAAUUUAUGUACUCUACAUGAUCUCGGUCCGAUAUUAGCUAAAUUUCUUCAACUUCAAAAAUAUGAGGAUGCUCAUUUGGGUCCACUUGAUAAACAUCCUGAUGUCAAACGUAUAUUUCAAUACAAACGACCAACAUCGAGCAAUGCAGUUACUGAGAUUACAACAGGUGACGUUAUAAAUGCAUUUCUUGAUUUUCAAGCAAAAUAUCAUGGUCCUACACGUAUGCCCUUUGAUGAGUUUCUCGAAGAGCUAGUCAAAGAAUAUAAAGUAGAAAAUCGUGAGCAACUUGGCAUUUUCUGUCGAUCAUUUCCAUACUUAACUCAGGUGACAAGAAAAUUGACACAAGAACAUCGAAUACAUAUUCGUCGAUCUGAAUUAACUGCUCGAUCAAAUAUCAUACAAAUAGCUCAACAACGAUAUAUAGAAUUAAUCAAAGAAUUAAAAGAUGAAUUUCAAAUUCCAUUAGAUAAAAAGAAAAAAUCACCUACGGCUGUUUUCGAUCAUCUAAUUGCAAUUGUCGAAAAAUAUUUGAUUGUAUCUGAACAACAAGUCGUUCGAGAUACAUUGAACAAAUUUCGUAAAGAUGAAUUAUUACAAUGUCUAUUCAAUGUCAGUAUUUGUUUGGGAACAAUCAAAAAACCAGAUGAAUUAAUGAUAGAAUUAAAAAAAUUCUAUCAACCUUCAAUAGUUACUUCAACGCAACCAACUACGAUGCAAACAUCUUCAUUAUCACAUGCUAAUCAAUCGUCUCAUAAUAAGCAAUAUCAAUCGAUAUCGUCCAAUCAAACAUCCCCGAUGCAAAAUACUUUAAUACACACAACUGUUGAUACAUCAUUUGAACAUACGUUAUUAUCUUCAUCAGUACCACCAAUAGUCAAACCUUCAAUAACUCUUAAGCAAUUAUGUGGAGAUCUUGGUCAAUAUCUAAAACGUUACGAUAGUAUUCUGACUAUAAAACAAUGGGCUGAAGUUGAAAAAACAUUUUGUAGUCAGCAUGGAAUCGAAAAUUUCUUUGGCUUUUGUAUGAUCAAUGAUGACGAUGGCGGUCAUCUUCCACUUAGUCUUAUUUCAUUCCUUCAUAUGAAUCGUCAAAGAAUCGAUCCAAAUGGACAACUAUCUGUGUAUGAAAAUGCUAUACCAACGGGUAAUCGACGAGAACUAUAUACAUUUGUAAAUCAACUUCUGAGAAAUUAUGAUAAUCGAGAAGAACAUUCAGAUGCACAUAGACCAAUAUGUUUCAGUACCGAUCAAUUAUCAGCUAUUGAAAAAGGUAUUAAACACAAAUUUGGUGGUUUGCUCGGCUUCCAAGGACCUACUCAAAUUAUUAAUAAAGCAAAACAACAACAACAACAACAACGACAAGAAACAAAUUCAAUGAUCUAUUUUGAAGAAUCACUCUUAGAUGUUGUCAGCUUAAAUCGACUUGGCAUUUGUCCAUCGAGCCUGCCUGUUGAUGAAGCACAACUUUGCAAACUGAUUCUUCAAUGUCCAAUUAUGAUCGAUCUUAAUACAUGGUUACAAUGGUUGUAUUUCUUUCAACCAAAAUAUGGCUCUCUAAAAUUGUUCAUUAGUCGAAAACAAACAGAACUCAAUGGUCUUCUUCUAUUAGAAACAUCGACUCAUGAAUUAUUUCGUUUACCAAUCGAUUCAUCUUUGACACAUUUCGAACAAGAACUUGCUAAAAUGAAUGUACGAUCGGCAGUUGGACAUCUUUGUACAUCAAUUAUUCUUGAACAUAUUCAUGUAAAUCGAUUACCAUUGAGUAUCUAUCGACAAGUUAUGCAUACAUGGUUUGUUCUACUUCAAUCAUCGGCUACGUUUGGACAUGAACCUAUUGAACCAAUGCAAUAUAUUCUUGAAUUUCUAAUCUAUUUACCAGUUCUUAUCGGACAAACAUUAAUCGUUCAAGAACUUGUACUUGUACCACUCGAUGAUGUAUUUCGUAUGGAUGAUAGAGAUCAGAAAUUAAUCAAUAAUCGAGAGAAACUUUGGUCGUUGGCUAAUGAUAAACAAAAGAAUAAAUUGGAAACCUGGGGUUAUUUAUUUGAUGUUAAAGAAUGGAAGAAUACGACUAAAUGGAUGGAACAAAAUCAAGCACAGAACGAACCAACAAUAAAACAAUCAGUUAAAGUAUCGAACACAACAGAAAUCACUGUCAAAGAAAAUAUUCAACCAAAUGUAGUACAAACAAUAAAUGAUUCUAUUUUAUCGACAACAACAUCACAUCAUUAUGUUAAUAAUGAUAUAGAAAAACGAAUUAUUAGUGAAAAUGAUUCUAUACAAGCUGCAUUUGAACAUAUUGAAUCUAUACGUCGUGGUUUCGGUGUCAAUUGUGGUCUUGAUUCAAUUGGACAAUCAAUUAUAAGUAAUCUUCAAGGAAUGAUUGAACGAAGUCUUGAAAAGUUAUCAAAUGAUCUCUAUUCGGAACAAGGUCAUUUUGUACUUGAACUUAUUCAAAAUGCAGAUGAUAAUCAAUAUUUACCGAAUUGUUUACCAACAUUACGUUUUAUUCUUUCUUCUGAACGUAUUCUUGUUUGUAAUAAUGAAAUUGGCUUUCGACCAAUGCAUAUUUCGGCUAUUUGCAAUGUUGGUGCAUCAACUAAAGGCAAACACAAGCAAGGAUAUGCUGGACACAAAGGUAUUGGUUUCAAAUCAGUAUUUAUGGUAUCCCAUUGUCCAGAGAUUUAUUCAGGAUCAUAUCAAUUUUGUUUUGAUACUGUCAAUGGUACUCAACAAAUUGGUUAUAUUCGACCGAUUUGGUUAGAUAAACCUGCCGAAAUAUUGCCAUCGAAUGACGAAUGGAUAACAUGUAUUCGUCUACCGAUCAAACAAGAUAAACGAGGUGAUCGACUUCAAAGAAAUUUUGAUGAUAUUCAACCAAUACUUUUAUUGUUUUUGAAUCGUCUUCGACAAAUUGAAAUUAUUCGCGAAAAUGAUAAUCAUCACAUUCUUACUUGUAGUACAUUUACACGAAUCGAUCAUGCUCAAGGACAAAUUAUAGAAUUACAAGAACGAACAACACAAACAGAAAACCUUAUCAAACAUUUUUGGCUCGUUGUAAAAAAAGUUGUUCACGUGCCUACCGAUCUCAAAAUGAAAUUGAGCGAAGUAAAAUGCGAUGUUGAAUCAACAACUAUUGCUAUAGCUUAUCCAUUAAAUCCUAUGUAUGAAUGUGCAUCUCGUCAAGUUCUUUCGGCACAACCAUUAUUUGCUUAUUUACCACUUCGUUCCUAUGGUUUUCGUUUUAUUCUACAAGCUGAUUUUGAAAUAACGGCAGCACGACAAGAAAUUUUACGUGAUAAUCGAUGGAAUGAUUGGUUAAAAUCUGAAAUGAUUCAAUUAUUUUCAUUAGCUUAUGAACAAUUUCAAUAUUUACCCGAUUUACUCGAUCAAUGUACACUUGAUUUUCAUCAAACAAAUGUUCAAUUAACAAAAAUUCAAGCUUUAAAAUAUUUUCUCAAAUUAAUACCAACACGAAAUGAAAUCGAUCCAUAUUUUAAUACAUUUGUUGAUAAAAGUAUUCAAGGUUUGAUGGGUAUUAUUCGUUUACCUGUAUUUUGUCAUGAUGAUGAACAAAUUAUUGAUUGGGUUUUACCAUCCCAAUGUGUUAUUGUUCGUGAUACAUUUAUACGAAAGAUUUUCUCACAAGAUUUACUUCUAUCACAUUUUAAUAGUUAUUAUUUACAUGAUGAAUUUAUCAAAGAAUGUGACGAACAAAUUCUUAUUAAAUUAGGUUGUCGUCGAUUAGAUUUUGCCGAUAUUCUCAAAUUAAUUCGUACAUUAUACAAACAAAAUGAUCAAAUACAUUCAACAAAAACAACGAGUAUUGAACAAAUUGCUCAAUGGCUUCUUUGUAUUGAUUAUAGUCUACAACAAGAACGUGAACGACCUGGUUUUAAUAAUGAACAUGAUAGUGGUGAUGAAACAGAAAUGACGACUAUAAAUGAAUUAAAACAAUUGAAAAUAAUACCAUUACGACAACAAUCACAAUUGGUUUCUUUUGAUGAAUUUGAUAAACGAACAAUUUUAUUUCCACCAAACAAAUCAAUCAAAUUUGAUAAACAUCUUAAAAUCGUUUUGGAUGAUUUGCCAACAAUUGAUGAUCGUCUACUUGAUUAUAUCGAAGAUAAAUAUCCACGACGUAUUGAUUCAAUUAAAACAUUACUAACAAAUUUAGGUCUUUGUGAUGCACGUAAUAUUCGACGAAUAUAUUCAAGUCAUAUUUUGCCUGUCAUCAAUGAUAAUAGUCAAUGGUCGAAAAAAUCUGAUUCUACACUCAUUGCAUAUCUCAUAUGUAUUUAUAAAGAACUUUAUUCACCAAAUCCUGAAACUUUUACGUAUGAAAUAGAACAAUUGAGAAAAAAAAUGAUAAUUAAGACGCUUGAUGGUAAAUUCGUUUGUCUCGGUUCUGAUAAAACAAUUGUUCAUUUAACAUCAUUGUAUGGUUGUUCGACAUCACUCGAACAGUUAAAACUUUCUAAUCAUCAAUUUAUAUUUAUUUCAAACGAUUAUAUUCAACAAUAUCAAAAAGAAUUAUUCUAUCAAGAUAGUGAAAAACGAAAAUUUCUUGCUUUUCUAAAAGAACUUGAUCUUUAUGAUUUCUUUCAAAUGAAUAUUAUUGAUAAAGGUUUUAUCAAUAUUGAACAACUGAUCGAUAGUCCAUGGGCAAAUGAAAUGUCGUCAUUAGCUGAACUCAUACAUGAACCAUUUAUCAUAAAGGAUUGGUAUUCUGAUGAAUUCGAUGCACUUAUUUCAUCGAAAGACAAGAAUAUUCAUCAAUGUAUUCAACUUCUACUCUAUCUUCAUCAACAUCAUCGACGAAUAUCAAUGUAUUAUGUGGCCUCAGUUAUUCCUUCCCGUAUGCGACAUACAAGUAUGCCAUCAGUAAAAGGUGUUGAAUCAUCAUUUUGUCGUUCAAUUCGACAACAUGCCUGGAUACCUGUUGCCGGUGGGCAACUAUUCAAACCAACGGAUGUCUACUAUUUACAUUCGAAUAAUCCAUUUCGUCGUUAUGUACCACAUUUAGAUCUCGUGAAUAUACCAUUGAAAGAUUCUGAUUUUAUUUUUAAUAUUCUUGGACUUAAAAAAGACAUAACUCCAAUGACAAUGUUCGAAUUAUUCAUGCAAUGGUCAUGUAAUUUAGAUAGAGAUUCUCUUUAUCAAAUCAUUAAUCAUCAUGCUAAUUUAGCUAUGACUGAACCAAUACCAUGCACGAUGCCGAGAACAAUGCGUCGAUCAUGUUUAGAUAAAAUUGAAAAUAUUUCUCAAAUCUACCAAAUAUUAAUCACUAAUGACCAAAUUCGUUCAGUUCUUGCUCGUUUUCGUCUAUGGCCACUUAUAUUCAUACCACGAACUGAAGACAUGGGCGAUUUUCUAUAUGUUGAUGAAGUCAUUUGGAAUGAUCCUUAUUCACUUUUAGAUACAACAAAUAAUACGAUAACGAGUCGAAAUUUGACGAAACUAUAUACAUUAAUUCAACCCUAUUAUAAACAAAUACCGACGUUAUCAUCCUUCUUUAUCGAUAUACUUAAGGUUAAACAACAACCAACACUUGAAGAUUAUCUUCCAUUACUAUCAAGUGUAACUAAUAAAGCAAAAGAAUAUAUUUGGCGAUGUAUUGAUGCCAUAACACGUCUUGCAUUCGUCCAAGAUAGUCAAACAUUAGUUCGAGAAAAAUGUGCCAAUUGGGCUUUUAUUCCAUGUUUGGGUACAGGAAAUAAAUUCUGCAAAUAUGAUGAUCCACUCUUCUAUCCACAUGAUAUGGAUAUUGCUCGUCUAUUUACAGACACAUUGUUGAUUGUUAAUCCAUCAGGUAAGAGUAAAAUUCCAUGA